AUGGAUUCUUGGACAACACCACUUUCGACUACCUCUCAACGAUCGAAGAUUACGAAACCAUUUUAUCUUUGGAAGAGAAGAACAAAAGCUGUGGCGAAAGGAGAGUUCAUCGACAUCGAACAAUCACCUGAAGAAGAAGACAUCACAGCCUUCCUUCACCUUAGAUCCACGCGAUACUGGAUUGUCCCGUACAGCACGACAUUUUCGCGGUUAUCUCCAAGAAGAGCGGCCUCCCUGUCUGUAGGACUACCCGAAGAAAAGUCCAUGACCACCUCCAAGAAAAGGCCGAAAGGGAUGAAAACUUUACCCUCCCGUACGAUGGAGCUUACGCAAAAUACGUUCAGUGGAAAUAUGGUCUUCCGGCCAUCUCACCGCGCAGAUCUUCGGAGGAGGAGCAUUGUUUACAGAUAUUCUCAUCAGCAACUGAAAAACAACUCUUGA